UUCAAAUGUAGAGCAAAAAUUUAAUGUAUACGUAUUUUCACAUACGAAAAAUCAUUGACAAAUUGUGCUUAGUUUCGUUCGAUAUUGAUAUUGUGUGCAACAGGACACUAAUCAUCAAAAUCGGAUAACGCGUUACAGAGAUACAGCUGUUCAAAGAUUUGGAGCCUGUUUAAAGUCUAUUUCAACAUAAAUAUUUAGUCCAUAAAAUAUUAUGUUAUAUAUAUAAAAAUGCCUUUAGCAUCAGAAAACAUUCAGUAUUCAGAAAAAUAUUUUGACAAUGUAUAUGAAUAUAGGCAUGUUAUUUUACCAAUUGAUUUAGCUAAAAAUGUCCCUAAAACCCAUUUGAUGAGUGAAACUGAAUGGAGGAAUUUAGGAGUUCAACAGUCUCCUCAAUGGGUACAUUAUAUGAUACAUAGUCCAGAACCAAACAUAAUUCUGUUCAGAAGAUUCAGGAACAAUACAGGAUAAAAUCAAAUUAGUUUUUUAGAUUAAUUUUUAAAUUUAUUAAUAUAUAGAGAUUAAAAAAAUUGUAAUAAAAAUGUAUAAUUUUUUAAAUAGAGUUAUCAAAUGUAAUCAUAUAUAAUUAUUUAAUGUCUAUAAUAUUUCAAAAGUAUCAUAGCAUAGUUUAAAAAAUAUUUUUUAAAAACUUACCUUUAAUUAUAUUAUAAGUGCAUAAAAUUUCAGAGGUAGGAAACAAAUAAUUUAUUUUAUUUACGAAAUUUAGUUAUUAAAUAAUUAUAAUUAAAACAUUUUUCAUUUUUUUUACUAGUUGAUUUGGUAAUGUGUACAAAUGACCGUAAAUCUGUCUAUGUUCAUUUUUCCAUCAAUCUGCAAAAUAAAAUUUAAGUUAUAAUUAAAGUACUUAAGACCGCUCCAAAUGAUAAUAAAGUCCAUAAAUUUUGAAAAUAAAUUAUGGGUUAUUAAAUAAAUAUAGAAAUAAAUUAUAAAUAAAUUAAUAAUACAGAAAAUAAAUUAGGGAUGUUUUGGUCAAAAUAAAAAAAAUUAAUCCUUUUUUUUAUACAAACUGACAAAAUUUCAACAAUUUAUGACCGUCUAUCGUGUGGCACCCCCUACAGUGAUUUUCAACUUUGAUUCAAAGUUUCUCGAAUUUUUGAAAUAAAAAUUUGAAAUGAUUUCAUCGCAAAAUACACUUUAAAUACGACACAAUUAUUUUUUUUGUUUCUGAUACGUC